AUGGCGCUUUCAGGUAAGGGCUUGGGCCGAUUUCAUUUGAUUCUGCUGUUGUUAUGGACCUCAUCGCAAUACUCCUCGUCCAGUCAAGUUCGUCAAGAGUUUCAGGUGCUAGAAGAACAGCCAGUAGGCACCUACGUGGGGACGAUAGAAACAAAGCCGAGUUUUACCUAUCGUUUUAGUGAGAACCACAAACUUUUUGCAAUUAACGGCACAACUGGAGUCAUAUACACCUCUUCUGUGAUUGACAGAGAGGUGUUACAAAGCAACAUCAUCAAUGUUGUGGUCCUUUCCAGUCAACCGACGUAUCCCACAGAAGUUCGGAUUGUUGUACUGGACAUAAAUGACAACUCGCCAGUUUUCCCGGACCCAACAAUUGUUGUUUCAUUCAAGGAGGAUGCUAGUAGUGGCCGACAAGUUAUUUUGGACACUGCGACGGAUGCAGAUAUUGGAAGUAACGGGGUCGACCAUACUACUUACAGAAUAGUGAACGGGAACGAGCAGCGAAAAUUUCGAUUGGAUAUUACUGUCAACCCGAGUGGAGAGGGCGCGUUUUUGCAUCUGGUGUCCACUGGGGGCUUGGAUAGAGAGCUCACUCCUUUUUACCAGCUGUUGAUAGAAGUUGAAGACAAGGGGGACCCUAAAAAGUUUGGCUACUUGCAAGUAAAUGUAACCAUUCAGGACAUCAAUGACAAUCCCCCAAUUUUUGACCAAGACCAUUAUCAGACUAGUGUUUAUGAAGAUGCUGCCAUAGGUUCCAGUGUUUUGCAAAUAACGGCCACAGAUCAGGAUGAGGGAGCAAAUGCAGACAUUCGGUACUUUUUAGAUGAGGGCACACCAUUCCAGAUUGAUCCUAAAGCAGGUACUAUUAUUAUAAAAGAGGCCUUAGACUAUGAGAGCAAGAAAGAGUAUUCCUUAACCAUCCAUGCUAUGGACAAUGGAGUGCCCUCUCUUUCAGGCAGGUCUGAGGCAACCAUUAAACUACUGGAUGUUAAUGACAACGACCCUGUAGUUAAGUUUAGAUACUUUCCCACCACUUCCAAAUUUGCCUCAGUGGAUGAGAAUGCCCAGAUUGGCACAGUAGUAGCCCUGCUGACUGUUACAGAUUCAGACUCCCCCUCAGCUAAUGGCAAUAUAUCUGUCUCCAUUUUAGGAGGAAAUGAACAGAGACACUUUGAAGUGCACACAUCUCCUGUUCCCAAUCUGAGUUUGAUCAAAGUAGCCAGUGUUUUAGACAGAGAGCGUAUCUCCUCCUACAACCUAACAGUGUCUGUGUCAGACAAUGGCAAACCCAUGGCCAGAUCCUCUUUUGCCAGCCUGGUUAUUUUUGUGAAUGAUAUCAAUGACCACCCGCCCAUUUUCCAGGAAGCCCUCUAUAGGGUGGAUAUCAGUGAGGACAUUCCAAUAGGCAGCUACGUUAAAGGAGUCUCUGCAACAGAUGGUGACUCUGGGCAGAAUGCCAACCUGCGCUACUCGCUGGUGUCUGGAAACAGUUUGGGCUGGUUUGCCAUCAGUGAGAACAGUGGUCUGGUUACCAGUGCUGCUCUACUGGAUAGGGAAAUAGCCUCUGAAAUUGUGCUCAAUAUCAGUGCCAAAGACCAGGGCUUGCAGCCUAAAAUUUCUUACACAAAGCUGGUAGUCAACAUCACUGAUGUGAAUGACCAAAUACCUACUUUUACACAGAGCACAUAUCAUGUCUCAUUGGUGGAACAUUCUCCAGCAGGCACUGAACUUCUGGUGCUGUCAGCCACCGAUGGUGACCUUGGAGCCAAUGGCACAGUCCGUUUUACAUUUGACCCUGAGACUCCAACUAGUGUUCAGGACCUAUUCCGAUUAGACACAGUUUCAGGCAGGUUAAGCACUGCCACUGAGCUGGAUAGAGAAGAACAGAGCUCCUACCUACUGUAUAUUAAAGCCACAGAUGCUGGUACACCGCCUCUGCAAUCUAUUGGUAAAGUCAACAUCACAUUGAAGGACAUUAAUGACAACAGGCCUGUGUUUUACCCUGUGCAAUACUUUGCUAACAUCAAAGAAAAUGAGCCCUCAGGUUCAGUUGUCACUACUGUGACUGCCACUGACCCUGAUCUGGAGAGGAAUGGUACAGUGAAAUAUGCCAUUACUGCUGGUGACACUUUUAGAUUUCACAUAAACAGCAACACAGGUAAAAUUACCACCCUGGUUCCUCUGGACAGGGAGGAGAAGACAGCUUACCAGCUGCAAGUGACUGCCACAGAUGGCGGUAACCUGCGGUCACACACACAAGCAAUUGUCACCAUCACUGUGGUAGACACACAGGAUAAUCCUCCAAUAUUUGGUCAGAGUGUGUACAGCUUUGUUAUGUUUGAAAAUGUUGCCCUUAAUACAGUUAUUGGCACUGUGUCUGCUUCCACUGUAGACCUGAAUACUAAUAUAACAUAUCUGAUAGCCUCAGGAGACCAGAGGGGACUCUUUGCAGUUAAUAGUGCCACAGGUCAGAUUACAGCUUCUAGUUUGAUUGACAGGGAGGAACAGGCAUUUUAUCAGCUCAAAGUCAUAGCAAGAGGAGGGGAGGUGACAGGUGAGGCUGUAGUGAAUAUCACAGUAAAGGAUCUGAAUGAUAAUUCACCCCAUUUCAUUCAUGCUGUGGAGCAUGUUAGUGCAGUUGAAAACUGGGACACAGGCCACCACAUAUUUCAGGCCAAGGCAUCAGACCCUGAUGAGGGCACAAAUGGCAUGGUCGUUUAUAGUCUGAAACAGAACCCAAAAGGUUUGUUUCACAUUCAUGAAAAACAUGGCCUUAUCACACUCACAGGCCCUCUCGAGGUCACCACCAGUUCGUACCAGGUCGAAGUCGUGGCAACAGAUAUGGGUGUACCUCAGAGAUCCUCUAGCCUCAUUCUGACAGUCAGUGUGUAUGAUGUUAAUGACAAUGCCCCAGUGUUUGAUCAGCUAUCAUAUGAAGUCAUCAUCCUGGAGUCAGAGCCUGUGAACAGUCGCUUUUUUAAAGUGGAAGCCACAGACAAAGACUCAGGCCUCAAUGGGGAAAUUGUGUAUGAUAUUGUCAGUGGCAACUCUGGAGAAGUUUUUGGGAUCUUUCCUGAUGGGCAGCUCUAUAUAAAAUCAGAGUUAGACAGGGAGGUGCAGGACAGAUAUAACUUGCUGAUAGUGGCUAAAGACAGGGCAGUAGAGCCUCUCAGUGCAAGUGUUAAUGUCACAGUUAUUCUGGAUGACGUCAAUGACAACCGUCCACUGUUCAACAGCACCAAUUAUGUCUUCCACUUUGAAGAAGAGCAGGAGAGAGGCUCGCUAGUUGGGCGAGUUUUUGCUGAAGAUAAGGAUUUUGGACCCAACAGUGAAGUGCGGUACUCGUUUGAAACUCCACAGCCCAGCUUUGAGUUAAAUGCCAUCACAGGGGAGUUGACCAGCACUCUGCAGUUUGAUCGAGAAUCGCUGAUGAGACAGAGAGGCGCUGCAGUGUUUAGCUUCACUGUGGUGUCAUCAGAUCAGGGCUUACCUAAGCCCCUCAGGGACCAGGCCAAAGUCCAAGUCUACAUCCAAGACAUUAAUGAUAACCCUCCCAAGUUCACAAAAGACAUUUACCAGGCCUCCAUCUCAGAACUGGCCCCGAACAUGACCCAGCUGCUGAGGGUGUCCGCCUCGGAUGUGGAUGAGAGCAAAAAUGGUCAGGUCCGUUACUACAUCGCUGAAGGCAAUGAAGAGAACCAGUUCACCAUUGAUAGCAGCUCUGGUCAAGUUACACUGGUGGGGAAACUGGACUUUGAAGCAACAUCAUUGUACUCAUUGAAAAUCAUAGCUGUGGACUCUGGAAGUGUACCCCUGUCCUCUUCUUGCAUGCUGAGCAUUAGUGUGUUUGAUGAGAAUGACAACUCCCCCUCUUUCCCCAAAUCUACCGUCACUGUUGAUGUAUUGGAAAAUAUGCGAAUUGGAGAACUGGUUGCCUCAGUCACAGCCACUGACUCAGAUUCUAGCAACAAUGCAGAUAUUACAUACAGCAUUUCAGCCACGAAUAACCAUGGUACUUUCAGUAUUAGCCCCAACACUGGUAGCAUCUUCCUUGUCAAAAAACUGGACUUUGAAACACAGUCUCUGUAUAAACUUAAUAUCACUGCCAAAGACAAUGGUAGACCUGCCAGGUCUUCGUCCAUACCUGUCCUGAUUCAUGUUAGGGAUUUCAAUGACAAUCCUCCUAUUUUCACCCCUGGUGAUAUUUUUAAAUCUAUCCCCGAGAACCUUCCCCUCUCUUCCUCUGUUAUGACUAUCACAGCCCAUGACACAGAUGCAGACAUCAAUGGGCUGCUGGAGUAUUCUAUUGUCCAACAGACUCCGAGAGGGAACCACUUCCGUAUUGAUCCCAGUACUGGAGUCAUUUAUACAAAUAAUGAGAUUGACAGAGAGUUCUCCAACCUGUUUGAGCUGACCGUCAAAGCCACUGACCAGGCAGUUCCUGUUGAGUUUCGCCGGUUUGCCCUGAAAAAUGUCACCAUAUGGGUGACAGACCAGAAUGACAAUGUCCCCAUAUUCAUCUCCCAGAAUGCACUUGUGGCUGAAUCCAAUAUUGUCAUUGGCUCCAUUCUGACCACGGUGGUGGCCUUUGACCCAGAUGAAGGUGCAAAUGGGGAAGUGGAGUAUGAGUUGGUGAAAGGGGAUUCUGAUACAUUCAUAAUGGACCGUUACAGUGGCGACAUCAGGGUGGCAUCUCAACUCAUCCCCUCCAAGCUCAUCUACAGCCUGACUGUGUCUGCCACAGACCACGGCACUGAACGUAAGACCUCCAAGACAGAGCUGACUAUAAUCCUGCAGGGUGCUGAUGGCCCAGUGUUUUCACAACCCAAAUAUAUCACAAUACUCAAAGAGGGGCAGCCACCUGGCACCAAUGUAAUCUCACUGGAUGCCUCCAGCCCACGUGGAUCGGGAGCCAAGGUGGAGUUUUUCAUUGUGUCUGUUCGAAGUGGCGGUAAACCUGUUGGACGUCUCUUCACCAUCGGCCGUCACUCAGGAGUCAUUCAGACGGCUGCAGAACUGGACCGGGAGCAAGGGUCUGACCUUUACCUGGUGGAUGUGUAUGCCAUAGAGACGGAGGCCAGCCAACCCAGGACCCAGAAAGUAGAGGUGGAGAUCACCCUACAGGAUAUCAAUGACAACCCACCCGUUUUUCCUACUGAUCUUCUGGAUGUCACAAUUGAGGAGAACAUUGGUGAUGGAUUCAAGAUAAUACAGCUAACAGCCACGGAUGCAGAUGAGGGUCCUAAUGCUUUGGUCACAUACACUAUUAUUAGUGGAGCAGAUGACAGUUUCCGGAUUGAUCCAGAAUCAGGUGACCUGAUAGCCACGAAAAGGCUGGACAGGGAACGGCGGUCCAAAUAUUCCCUUCUGGUGAGAGCAGAUGAUGGGCAACAGUCUUCAGAUAUGAGGGUCAACAUUACUGUCAGUGAUGUGAAUGACCACACACCAAAGUUCUCCCGUUCUACAUACUCUUUCGACAUCCCAGAGGACACAACUCCAGGCUCCAUAGUGGCAGCAAUUCUGGCAAGUGACUCAGACUCAGGCAUGAAUGGUGAGAUUACAUACUCACUGGAAGAAGAUGAUGAGGACGCCACCUUUCUCCUGAAUCCAGUAACGGGAGUGUUUAAUGUUACUCGGCCGCUGGAUUAUGAGGUGCAGCAAUACUACAUCCUCACAGCAAGAGCAGAAGAUGGUGGUGGCCAGGCUAGCUCUGUCAGGGUUUACUUCAAUGUCCUAGAUGUCAACGAUAACCCACCCAUCUUCAACACCAGCAUAUACAGUGCAUCCAUCAGUGAGAACGUCAACCCAGGAUCUUCGAUUCUCACUGUGGCGGCUGCUGAUGCUGAUGAUGGUCCCAACGCGGAGCUGUUUUAUACCAUCACCUCAGGGGAUCCACAAGCUCAAUUUGGUAUCACCAAUACAGGAAUCCUGCAGACCAGAAAGGCCCUGGACAGAGAGACCCAGUCUUUCUACAACCUGGUGGUUACUGUUAAUGACCUCGCCCAACCCCCUGUGACACGAUUUACAAGCACAGCCCAAGUGUCAAUCAUCCUGCUGGAUGUCAAUGACUGUCCACCCACUUUUACCUCCCAGAAGAUGACAUACAUCCAGGAGAACACACCAGUGGACACAGUGGUCUUCACAGCCCAGGCCAUGGAUGCUGACAGUGGACCAAACAGCUACGUGGAAUAUUCUUUACGUGGGCCAUAUGGGAAUAAGUUCACUAUUGGUACCAUCAAUGGAGAUGUGAGAUUAGUAGGGGAGCUGGAUCGUGAAGAGAUGUCUAACUACACCUUGACGGUGGUGGCAACAGAUAAGGGUGAGCCACCCCUCUCCUCCAUCAUGGAGGUUACAAUGAUCAUUCUGGAUGUCAAUGAUAAUACGCCCAGCUUCUCUCAGAAUAUCUAUGACAUUGAAAUUGAGGAGGACACGUUAACUGGAACUGACAUUCUCCAGGUUUAUGCUAGUGAUGCUGAUGAGGGAACCAAUGGGCAGAUUAGGUUCUCCAUCACCAGUGGUAACACAAACUCCGAUUUCCGGAUUGAUUCCGUUACUGGAAUCAUCUCUGUGGCAAAGCAACUGGAUCGUGAGGUGCGGCCAUCAUAUUCAUUGGUUGUUCAAGCAGCAGAUCGUGGGAGUAGCUCGAGGGUGGACCGAGCUACAGUCAAUAUUGUGCUGUUGGAUGUGAAUGACUGUCUUCCAACAUUUGAGCUGUCUCCGUAUGUAGUUAACGUUCAGGAGAAUUUGGGGAACCUGCCCAAGAAUAUCCUGCAGGUUGUAGCCAGGGAUGAUGACCAGGGGCCCAAUGGUCAGAUCAGUUAUAGCCUGAGUGGAGGGAAUGAAGAUGGAGCUUUCAGCCUGACCUCCAAUGGUCAACUCAACCUGAUCAGGACGCUUGACCGUGAAGCACAAGGCAAAUACACUCUCAUCGUGGCUGCCAUUGACUCAGGUUCACCCUCUCUGAGUGGCACAGGCACAGUCAUUGUCCUGGUUGAUGAUGUCAACGAUAAUAUUCCAGUAUUCACCUCCUCUGCAUUCCAUACCACUAUUCCUGAAGAUGCUCCCACAGGCACAGAUGUAUUGCUGGUCAACAGUUCUGAUGCAGAUGUUGGGCUCAAUGGCGUGAUCAGUUAUAGUCUUACAGGUGGUGAUGGUCAGUUCUCCAUAAAUCCAGCUACAGGGCAGAUUAUCACCAGUGCUCUCCUGGAUCGGGAAGCCAGGGGCAACUACCAGCUUCUGGUUGUGGCAUCCGAUGGAGGGCAGCCACAAGGUCUUUCCAGUUCUGCCACUGUGUCUGUGGUGGUGGCUGAUAUUAAUGAUAACCCUCCCCGUUUUCACCAUCAUCCCUAUGUCACCCACAUUCCUGCCUCCACGUCAGCAGGCUCUUUGGUCUUUGCUGUUACAGUAACAGAUGAGGACGCAGGGUCCAACUCUCAGCUCCACUACUCCCUUGCCGGCCGAAACUCUGAGAAAUUCAAGAUUGAUCCCAUUCGUGGCGCCAUCACAGCCAAUGAAAGACUAACUGGUAGUUCAGAGGUCACCUUCACUGUUAGGGUGAAGGAUGGAGGUACCAACCCCAAAACUGACAGCACUACAGUAACAGUCCGCUUUGUGAAAGAUGGACUCUUUCCUAUCAUCAGACUGAAAGAAAAAAGCUUCAGCUUUCCAGAGAGUCAAGCCAUAAACACAGUCGUCACCAAAGUAACUGGGUCCUCUUCAAGGGGUGGUUCUUUGUCCUAUUACGUUGCUAGUGGAAACUUGGACAAUGCUUUUCAUGUAGAUCAGCUGUCUGGGGAAUUAUCAAUCAAAAAGCCUUUGGACUUUGAGAAUAUAGAAAAGUAUGUGCUGUGGAUUGAGGCAAGGGACCAGCAUUUCCCUCCAUACUCUGCUUAUGAGAGACUAGAAAUCACAGUGCAAGAUGUCAAUGACAACAAUCCUAUCUUUGAGCAUGAGCCAUUCUACGCUGAGAUUCUGGAAAAUCUGUCACCUCAGCGUGUGCUCAUGGUAUCUGCUAUCGAUCAAGACAGUGGGCCCAAUGGGCAGCUCGAAUAUGCCAUCAUCGAUGGAAACAAGGACAGCAGCUUCAAUAUUAAUCGAGCCACUGGUGAAAUCCGUACCACACGACCACUGAACAGGGAGAAAACAGCUCAGUAUGCAUUAAGAGUGAAAGCUACUGACCGAGGCACCCCACCAAGAAACACAGCUGUAAAAGUCAUAAUCAGCGUUUUGGAUGUGAAUGAUAAUGCCCCAAGAUUCUCCAAAAUCUUCAGUGCCUCUGUGCCAGAGAAUGCACCAGUGGGUUACACUGUGACCCGUGUAACAACCACAGAUGAGGAUGCUGGAGCCAAUGCUGUGAGUCGUUACUCCAUCACUGACACCAGUCUGCCUUUCAGUAUUGAUCCAAGCACAGGGGACAUCACAGUCAGCAGACCUCUGAACAGAGAAGACACUGACCAUUACAUAGCUAAAGUCUCUGCUCAUGAUUCAGGCUGGACGGUCAGUACAGAUGUAACUAUAUUUGUAACAGAUGUAAAUGACAACGCUCCCCGAUUCAGUCGUCCAUCUUACUACCUAGAUUAUCCUGAGCUGACAGAUGUGGGCUCUGUAGUUACUCAGGUAUCUGCCACAGAUCCUGAUGAAGGCUUUAAUGGUAAAAUUUUCUAUUUCAUCAGGUCACAUUCUGAGUACUUCCGUAUAAAUUCUAGCUCUGGAGAAAUCUAUAUCAAGCAACAACUCAAGUAUCAAAACUCUACAGGGCACAGUAAUGUCAACAUAAACAGGCACAGUUUCAUUGUCACUGCCUCUGACAGAGGGGUCAAGCCACUGAUGAGUGAAACCACAGUUAUUGUAAACAUAGUUGAUAGCAAUGACAAUGCACCCACGUUCGAAUCAUCCUCAUACUUCACUCCUGUCACCAAAAGUGUUAAAGUUGGCACCAAACUCAUCAAAGUAAUGGCUAGCGAUAAGAAAGACUUUGGAGUCAACUCUGAGGUUGAAUACUCCAUAACUGGAGGCAACAGCUCCAGUAAGUUCCGCCUAGAUAAACAAACAGGAUGGGUCUCUGUGGCUUCUUCGCUGACAUCAGAAACAAAUAAAGUGUUCUUAAUGGAAAUCACUGCAAGAGACAAAGGAAACCCUCCUCUUUCAGAUAAAACAGUACUUCGGGUGGCAGUCACAGAGGAAAAUCACCACACACCAGAGUUCUCUCAGAGUCAGGUUACAGCCACAGUAUCAGAAAGCCUCACAGUUGGCACUGCCAUCAGGACCCUUUCAGCCAGGGAUAAAGAUAAGGAUAAACAGAUGAAUGGACUCAUCACGUACAACAUAAGCUCAGGUAAUGAUGAUGGCCUGUUUACCAUAAACAGUAAAACAGGUGUGUUGUCAUUGGCAAAGGCUUUAGACUAUGAGAAGAAUCAAAAGCAUGAACUCAGAGUAACAGCCACUGAUGGAGGAUGGAUUGCUAAAACUAGCUACGUCACAGUUGUGAUCCAUGUUACUGACGUGAACGACAACCCACCUGUGUUCACUCCUGAUGAAUACUUUCCAGUUGUGCAAGAGAAUGUGCCAAGUGGCACAACUGUUGUAAAAAUGAACGCUACAGACAAGGACUCUGGGCCAAACGCUUUGAUAGCAUAUGUCAUCCAGUCCUCUGACAGUGACCUUUUUAUAAUCGACCCAAACACAGGCACCGUCACUACUCAAGGUUUCUUGGAUUAUGAAGCAAAGCAAGUAUACCAUCUCACGGUAAAAGCCUUUAAUGUGCCAGAUGAGGAGCGCUGCAGCUUUGCCAAUGUUAACAUCCAGUUGAAAGGUGCAAAUGAAUAUGUCCCUCGCUUUGUCUCUAAGCAGUACUACUUUGAGGUUUCUGAGGCUGCACCUAAAGGCACUGUGGUAGGGGAGGUGUUUGCAAGUGAUCGGGACCUUGGAGAAGAUGGAGUUGUUUAUUACUUGAUUUUUGGUAGAAGCAGGAGAAAGGGCUUUGGCAUUAACAAACUGACAGGACAGAUCUAUGUCACAGGACCUCUCGAUCGAGAAAAAGAAGAAAAGAUUUCACUCAAAGUCCUGGCAAAGAAUGCUGGAAGCAUCAGAGGAGCAGAUAUUGAUGAAGUUUUUGUGAACAUCACAGUUCUCGAUGCUAAUGAUCCUCCUGUGUUCACUCAAGAGCUGUAUGAUGUGCAGGUUAGUGAAGGUCUCGCUCCCGGAGGUUUAGUCACCUUUGUCAGUGCAGCAGAUUCUGACUCUGUCCCUAGCUGGAGCAGGUUCACAUACUCCAUCUAUGAUGAUCAUGACAAGAGUGCCUUCUCCAUAAACCCCCAGACAGGCCAAAUAUCUGUGGUGGCUGAGCUUGACAGAGAAACCACACCUGUGUAUAAUCUGACCUUGCUAGCUAUAGAUUCUGGAUCGCCUUCAGCAACUGGGAGUGCCACACUAAUUGUGAAUUUAGAGGAUAUUAAUGAUAAUGGACCCACAUUAGUCACUGUCAGUGGGAAGGUGAUGGAGAACCAGAGGGCAGGAACGCCUGUCAUGACCCUAGACUCUACUGAUUCAGACCUAGCUCCAAAUCAGGGUCCAUUCUCCUACAGUCUCCUUCCUGUUGGCUCCGCAUCCAGUUACUUCUCCCUAAGUCCAUCUGGAGAGCUUGUUACCAGCCGUGAGAUUGACAGAGAGCAGAUUAGUGACUUCUACCUCUCCGUUCUCAUUAAGGACUCAGGUAUUCCCCAAAUGUCCUCCACAGGAACAGUGCAUGUCAAAGUCAAUGACCAGAAUGACAACCCAUCUGAACCUCGCUCUGUGGAGAUAUAUGUCCAUUAUUUUGGGAACAUGUUCCCUGGUGGAGCCCUUGGUGUUGUGAAACCCCAGGACCCAGAUGUACAGGACACUUUCCACUGCUCCCUGACUCCUCCAGCAGCCAGCCUUUUCAGUAUCCCUACAGGCACCUGUGAACUUAAUUCAAAUGCCCGCUCAACAGAUGGAACUUUUGACUUAAGCGUACGCAGUAGUGAUGGUGUUCACAGUGCUGUCAACAGCAACGUUCGUGUCUUCUUCAUUGGGUUUAACAAUGCCACCGUGGAUAACAGCAUACUUAUUCAUCUCAACACCCAGGGCAUCAGGAAUUUCCUCACCAACCACUACCUCAGUUUCCUUCGUAUUGCUAACUCUCAGCUGGCCGGUUUGGGCACUGGUGUACAGCUCUAUGGGGCCUUUGAACUAAACAACCAGACAUUUUUGAUGGCAGCAGUGAAACGUAGUCAUGGACAGUAUGUGAAUCCAAGUGGUGUAGCCACUUUCUUCCAGAGCAUCAAAGAAGUUUUGUACCGCCAGAGCGGUGUUAAAAUUGAAUCAGUGGACCAUGACCCUUGUACUCACAACCCCUGUCAAAAUGGAGGGAGCUGCAAAAAGCGUCUCAGUGUUGGACCAGACAUGAAGACAGAGGAGAGUGUUCCGGUCAUUCUUGUUUCUAAUCACCCCCUACAGCCAUAUGCCUGUAACUGCAGGCCAGGCUAUGCUGGUGCGCUAUGUGAGACAGACAUUGACGAGUGUCUGCCAUCCCCCUGUCACAAUGGGGGAACCUGCCACAACCUGGUGGGGGGCUUCUCCUGCUCCUGUCCGGAAGGUUUCACUGGAAUGGCCUGCGAGAGGGACAUCAAUGAAUGUCUUUCCAACCCCUGCCAGAAUGGAGCUCUCUGCCAGAACUAUCCUGGUGGCUUCAACUGCCUGUGCAAAUCUGGAUUUGCAGGCAAAACCUGUGAUUCCAUCAUCAAUUACUGUGAGUGUAACCCCUGUUUUAAUGGAGGUUCCUGCCAGAACAGAGUGGAAGGCUAUUACUGUCAUUGUCCGUUUGGUGUUUUUGGGAAGCAUUGUGAGCUGAAUAGCUAUGGCUUUGAGGAACUAUCCUACAUGGAGUUUCCAAGUCUGGAUCCCAACAACAACUAUAUCUACAUCAAGUUUGCCACUUUGAAAAGCAAUGCUCUACUCUUGUAUAACCAUGACAAUCAGACUGGGGACAAGGCAGAGUUCCUGGCACUAGAGAUUUUCGAGGGGCGGAUGCGUUUCUCCUUCAACUUGGGCAGUGGGACUUAUAAACUAAUGACUAUGAUAAAGGUCUCUGAUGGACAGUUCCACACGGUCAUAGCAAGGAGAGCAGGCAUGGCUGCCUCUCUGACGGUAGACCUGUGUGGGGAUGAGCAGGAGCCAGGAUACUGUGCUGUCAGCAAUGUGGCGGUGCACACUGACUGGAUUCUGGAUGUACAGCCUAACCGUCUUUCUGUUGGAGGUGUAAGGUCUAUUGAGCCAUUGCUCCAUCGUAGGGGUCAGGUGGCCACUCAUGACUUUGUGGGCUGCAUCAUGGAAUUUGCUGUCAAUGGCCGUCCUCUGGAACCCUCUCAAGCCCUGGCAUCUCAUGGAAUCCUCGACAGAUGCCCGAGACAGGAAGGCGCCUGCACUGCCAACCCCUGCCGACAUGGAGGCACCUGCGUGGACCACUGGUCUUGGCAGCAGUGCCAGUGUGUGGAUGGCUUUACUGGGAAGCACUGCGAGAAAUAUAUCACGGCAGACACGGCAUUGUCUCUGGAUGGUAGCGGACGUUUGGACUACUCUCUGAGUCAGAGUCGUAAGCGAGACAUCUUGCUGCAACAAAAUCUCAUGGAACCUUCCACAGCCAUGCCUUCCGUCAGCAGUCUGGAGGUGAAGUUCCGAACACGCAGCAAAAGUGGCACACUGCUGCACGUACAAGAGAGUAGCAACUACACCACUCUCAGGAUUAAGAAUGGAAACCUGCAGUAUGUGUCGGAUGCAGGUGUAGCAGGAAAGGUGGAGAGGAUUCUCGGAGAUGUGGUCUUAUCUGAUGGCCAGUGGCACAUUCUCAGGCUCCACAAAAAUGGAUCCUCCACCACGCUACGUAUUGAUGACACUAGUCUCAAAGUUAUCCCGCACACGACACAUGACUUCGGAGGAGUUAAUGUCCUCACAAUCUCACUUGGAGGGCUUCCUGGUCGCCCUACUCAGCAAAAAGUCGCUCCAGGCUUUGAUGGCUGUAUUGCUUAUGUCAAGUACAACGGAGAGACACUGCCCUUCAGUGGUGAACACACCACCGUGUCUAUCUCUAAGUCUGACCCAUCCGUCAAGAUUGGCUGCCGUGGACCCGACUUAUGUAGUAGCAGCCCUUGCUGGGAUGGUUUGAUGUGCGUCAACCAGUGGUACACCUACCAGUGUGUUCCCCCUGGUGACUGCGCCUCAAACCCGUGCCAGAACAGUGGUAGCUGUGUGCCAGGUGCCCAUGGGGGCUUCAGCUGCAUGUGUGAGGAGUACUACACAGGCAGAACUUGUGAGAGCUUGGUGGCUUGUGUAGGAGUCCAGUGCCCACAAGGAACUGUUUGCAAGAUGGCCAGUAAUGGUGGUUUCACCUGCAGUGCUAGCCCUAAAGCUGAAGAGUUGGUACUGCCAAUCUGGGCAGUGCCUGCCAUUGUAGGAAGCUGUGCCACAGCCCUGGCUCUGGUGGUACUCAGUCUCAUCCUUUGCAACCACUGCAAGGGGCGCAAUAAGACAAAAGUGCCAAAGGAAGAAAAGAAACCGAAAGAGAAGAAGAAAAAGAAGAAGAAAAAGGGCAGUGAGAAUGUGGCCUUUGAUGAUCCAGAUAACAUUCCACCAUAUGGAGAUGACAUGACGGUCCGGAAGCAACCUGAAGGGAACCCCAAACCAGACAUCAUUGAAAGGGAAAACCCCUAUCUGAUCUAUGAUGAGACAGACAUACCCCACAACAAUGAGACAAUUCCUACUGCCCCUUGUGCUCCAUGCCCUGGACCUGAGGCUGACAUUGAGCAUUAUGACAUUGACAAUGCAAGCAGCAUAGCCCCAUCUGAUGCCGACAUCAUCCAACACUACAAACAGUUCCGCAGCCACACACCUAAGUUCUCCAUCCAGCGACACAGCCCUCUGGGCUUUGCCCGACAGUCUCCUCUACCAUUAGGUGCUAGCAGUUACACUUACCAGCCCACAUAUGCCACUCAGGGUCUGAGAUCUACACCCCUCAGUCAUUCUGCCUGUCCCACCCCCAACCCUCUCUCUAGGCACAGUCCUGCCCCUUUCUCCAAACCAUCGACUUUCUACCGAAACAGUCCAGCCAGGGAGCUCAACCUCGCACGACGGGAGGGCAGUCCGUUAGACAUCCAUGGCGAGGUAUGCCAGCCAGGGAUGUUCAACUAUGCCACGCGGCUGGGCCGGCGCAGCAAGAGCCCCCAGACAAUGGCAGGGCACAGCUCAAGACCAGGCAGCCGGCUUAAACAGCCUAUUGAACAGAUCCCGCUGGAAACUGGGCCACCGGUGGGACUCUCCAUUGAGGAGGUGGAGCGGCUGAACACUCCGCGUCCUCGCAAUCCCAGCAUCUGCAGUGCUGACCAUGGCCGUUCCUCCUCAGAGGAAGACUGCAGAAGGCCAUUGUCACGUGUCCGAAACCCAGCUGACGGUAUACCGGCCCCGGAGUCAUCCUCUGAGAGUGACUCACACGACUCCUUCACCUGUUCAGAGAUGGAGUACGACCGGGAGAAGCCCGUUACCUAUAGCUCAAGGAUGCCAAAACUCUCACAAGUUAAUGAGUCGGAUGCUGAUGAUGAGGAGUAUGGCGGGCGACUAAAACAGCGGCGUUAUUCCAGCCGCAGAGCCGAGGGAGGACCUGGCAGUGCCCAGGCCACCAUCGGUGACCACCACACUUUACCACAUAAACUGGGCCAAGGGGCCAGCAACUUCAACUGGGACAACCUUUUAAACUGGGGCCCAGGAUUCGGCCAUUAUAUGGACGUGUUUAAAGACCUGGCUCUCCUUCCUGAGAACUCUGCAGCCAAGGACAUUGAGAUGAAUAGUGGGGAUGGCUCUGUGACCAUCCUUAAUGAAGGAGAGGCUGAGCAGUACGUAUGA